GUUUGCCUUUCAGAAAUGUUGCGCCUGUUGAGUAAACGUUUUUAUUGCAAAAUUGCAACCAAAGCGAAUGAAAAACCUGCUAAAUUGGACUUCAAGCAGCUGACGCAUCCCACCAAGGUGCCGCAGAAGCCAGUGGACACUGAGUUUCCCGACACCAGCUCCCCAGAAAUCGAGAUCGACACGAAGACCAUACAAUUGCUGGAGCGCCUGUCUCUGGUGGAUCUGGACAGCGAGCGGGCACUGGAAACGCUGAAGAGCAGCAUCCAGUUCGCGGACAAGAUAGCCCACAUCGACACGGGGCACGUGCGUCCGCUGUACACGGUGCUGGAGCAUCAGCAGCUCCAGUUACGCAACGACCAGGUGACCGAGGGCGAUUGCCGGGCGGAGGUGCUCCGGAACGCCAAGGUUACGGACGAGGACUACUUCGUCUCGCCGCCGGGCAACAUUCCGCUAGAGCAAUGA